AUAUAUUUUACAUGCUAUAAAUUUUCAUUUAACAUGAAAAUUUUAUUGAGUAUAAGGUCACUACUGACAAAUUGAAUUAAGUGUGAGAACCGAUAACAUUUUCUUCUAUGAAUCGGUCAAAUGAAAUUUAAAGAAAUAGUCAGUCGGGCAAAGAGUAGGUAAAUACAUAUCUAUACUAUCAGUGAAAUAUGAAUUUUUUAUUCAACAUAGUUUUUUUAUUUCUUGUAACAGUUUUUUCUACUACUGAAGGGUUGGUUACAGAUAAAGAUUAUGCUUCUUUACCAGACUUAUUUCAUCAAGAUAAUUUUGAUAAAUGCAUGCUUUUUGGUGAUGAGGCACUGUACUGCUCUUUUGAAUACGAAUUGGAACCACUAAAUGAUGAGAAUGCCUUGUGGAAAACUAUGCAAGAAUUAUCAAAAGACAAUUAUAAUUACAGGCAUGAUAACUUGAGACACUGGAUAUGUGUUCCGACUAGUUGUCCCAAUGUUACUGAAAAGUUUGAAGACAGUAGUAUGCUGACGAAAGAAAUAAAUAAUUGUUACGAUAACAAAAUGCUUAAGUACGGAUUUAGAGGAACCGUCAAAAAGUUGACAUGUGACACCAACAAAUCUAAAUUCCCAGUCGACUGGAUAGAUAUAUUAGUCGGCUUCCUCUUCAUUGCCUACAUAAGUUUUGUACUUUUGUGUACAAUUGUAGAUAAUGUAGUACAAAGCUGUUAUGAGAAAGACUACGAAAAAUUUUCUAACAAAAUCUAUGGAAGAAUGGUGAUCUCAUUUUCUUUAUAUAGAAGCUGGAUAAGACUUACAACUGUCAAAAGUACGCCAGAAGUCGAGUAUUUUAGGCCGUUUCAAGGUCUUAGAUUUUACAAUCAAAUUAUUGUUAUUUUGAGUCAUACGGCCAUGGUAGGUCUAGUCAGUUCAGUUGGUAAUACGAAGUUCGUAGAAACGAUGAAUUCUUCUCUUGGUAACAUUUUUUUGUCAAGUGGGCCGAUGUGUGUUUCCACAAUGUUUAGUUUAUCUUCCACCCUCUUAUCAUAUGCAAUUUUUUCUCAUUUUGAAAAAAGAAAACUUACACUAAAUGUUUUGGUAAUGUUGUUUGUUGAGCGAUAUUUAAGGUUGAUACCGCCAUUAGUAGUAGUCCUACUUUUUAACGUAACUUGGUGGCGCCACUUGGGAAGUGGCCCAAUCUGGAACAGGAUUGUUGGAAAGGAAUAUUUAAAUUGUAGAAAAAAUAUGUGGACUAACUUAAUGUUUCUAAAUAACUUGAUAGAUGCUGAGAAUAUGUGUACACCUACAACAUGGCAUGUAGCACUAGAUACGCAAUAUUUCAUCCUGCUUUUGCUACUUUUGUGGUAUAUAAAAAAACAUGAAAAAUAUAUGUUACAUAUAGUUGGAGGUUUACUAUCUACAGGUAUAUUAAUCACAUUCUACAUCAACUAUAUCAACAAGUUGGAAGCUUUUAAUAUACCAAGGGCAGAGACUGUGUAUGACAUUAAAAACCUGAGAGGAAAUCCACAUUGGCAUAAACAGUUUAUAUCACCCUUUGGAAACACAUGUGGUCCUCUUCUUGGUAUUAUCUUUGGUUAUAUCAUAUAUAAAACAAGAAAUGUCGAGAUGUUCAAGCAAAAGAGAACAAUGUGGAAAAUAUUGCACUAUCUAUUCUCUUAUGUUCCGGCGCUAUCGAUUAUAAUAAUUCCAGGCUGGUAUAUAUUAGUACUCAAACCUGAGUAUGAUCCAUUUAUGGCUUCUUUCAUCGCCGUGGUUGGCAGGCCUAUAUUCCUUUUAGCAAUAGGAUUUGGAAUAUAUGGAUGCUUGCACGGAAUUGGUGGAAUUACUGAACAAGUAUUAACAUGGCGCCCAGUGUAUGUUCUGGGCAGAUUGUCGUAUAGUGUUUAUCUGGUACAUUGUACACUAAUUAUGUCCAGAGCAGGAAUAGCGAGAACUCCUGCAUAUAAUUCGGAAAUACUGAUUGGUUACCAUCUGCUGGCAGAUGUUGCAGCUUCUUUUCUGGUAGCUCUAUUGGUGACAUUAUUUUUCGAAAUGCCAGCCUCAGCCGUGACGAAGUAUAUAUUGCCACAACGGCCAAAAUAUGUGGAAGAAAAGAAAGAACAAUAAUAGUAGUAAAUUAUUUUUGUACUGUAAUAAAAACUAGACCAUGUUGUUA